UUCCAUGGCGUCCCAUGCUCCUUCUUGCUGUCCCCGAGUCUCGCCUCGCUCCGCCGGCCUCCAAGCUGAGCCCAUCACGCCAGGUCGCCAACAUCAGACCAUCGCCUGAUGAGUGGGGCCGUCCUGGGGUCCGUGGGACUCGGUGCCCGGCGUGGCAGCCCGGCCACACCCGAGGACGGCAGACGUACGAGCUACCAACUAACCGUCUUGCUAAAGGCGAAUGGAGGAACGGGAAUGAGGAGGGUGUGAGGAUAUCCGGGGGCGGCCGCGGAAAGGGUUGAAGUCGAUAAAAAAAUUAUGUGCCCUCGUGUCGGAUUAGACAGGAAAAUCGGCUCCAUAACUUAUCUGUCGUCAUCAUGCCUCAAAAAAGAAUCAGCCUGCGGGGAUUGGACUUUCGCUGGUGGGGCCCCGCGACGGAGUGUGGGAUGGAAUCGCGAGUCGUGUGAUUGGGCUGAGUCGUUUCAGCGCAUUCGUCCCAUCUUCGAGAUCAUCCGAGAUCUUCGGCAUAGGCCAUUUGGAUGGGCGUGCUGCACGAGCACGGUAACUGCAGAACCACAUUGUCUUGUUCACGCGACACCCAGAUCUGGGUCAAUCGGCUCUAGUACGCAAGAAAAAAGGUCGGAAUCUAGAAUGCCAUGUCUGUGUUGUGCGUGUGUAAGUGCCGUGGAUCGGAUGCAUCGUGCAACACGUGAGCGUGCAGAAUGGUCUCGACUCAUCAGCAACCAGCAUGACCACCUUUUCCAUGCUUCCACUAAACGGCAAUCGACUCAUCUCCACCGAGAAACACUAGUCGAGUCAUCAAUUGCAAAGGAUGAUGCUGGUACUGCAGUUUGUUUCGUGGUCCGUGAGCCUCAGCCGCAACGACCAGAUGCUGUCAACAGCCGUUCCGCCGAUUAGCGUAGCCACCCGUUCCCGUGGCAGCAAUUAGAGCAGCCUAGAGCUAGGUAUGCUAGUAUUCCGAGAUCGGUGAGAAACUUUGUUCCUGCUUCUUCUUUGCUUCUGGAAGCCAAUAAAAAGGAUGGUGUUUGGCGCCGGAAUAGUGUGUUAAGGCUCAUGUUCUGAAUGAGCUGACAAUACAGCUUUGCACGUAGCAACAUUGAAUAAGUGUUUCGUGUAAAGUACUUGCAGCUAUGGAGAGCUAGCAAUAAUGGAUACCCUAAAUUUAGGAAUACCAAUUUCAGAGAAGCCAGC